AUGAAUCUCAACUUCACCGCCCCUCUACACCCUGCGUCUUCUCAGAGGCCCACGUCCUUCUUCAUUGAGGACAUCCUGCUGCACAAGCCCAAGCCGCUAAGGGAGAUGGCCCCUGACCACUUCGCCAGCUCUCUGGCCUCGCGGGUGCCUCUGCUAGACUAUGGCUACCCCCUCAUGCCCACACCCACCCUCCUGGCUCCUCAUCCCCAUCACCCUCUGCAUAAGGGAGACCACCACCACCCUUAUUUCCUCACCACCUCGGGGGUGCCGGUGCCGGCGCUGUUCCCGCACCCCCAGCACACCGAGCUGCCGGGGAAGCACUGCCGCCGCCGCAAAGCUCGUACGGUUUUCUCGGACUCGCAGCUUUCCGGCCUGGAGAAGAGAUUCGAGAUCCAGCGCUACCUGUCCACGCCAGAGCGGGUGGAGCUGGCCACGGCCCUCAGCCUGUCCGAGACGCAGGUGAAAACGUGGUUCCAGAACCGGCGGAUGAAGCAUAAAAAGCAGCUGAGGAAAAGUCAGGAUGAGCCCAAAGCGCCAGAUGGGCCCGAGAGCCCUGAGGGCAGCCCGCGCGGCCCAGAGGCCGCAUCUGCCGAGGCUCGGCUGGGCCUGCCCGCCGGCCCCUUCGUGCUGACCGAGCCCGAGGACGAGGUGGACAUUGGGGACGAGGGGGAGCUGGGCCCAGGGCCGCACGUGCUCUGA